AAUAAAAAUAAAAACAAAAGUCGCGACAGCCUGAUUGUCCUCGGCCGACUUCGUCAUCCAACAAUCUCCCAGAUCUGCUACCUCCUCUUCCCUCAUCAUCCAUCUCGAAGUAGUAAUGUCAGACACAGAAUCGCCCGCGCCAGGGCAAGGGAAAGACGCUUCAGGGCUAGACGGGUCCUCCGCCUACGCGCAGCAGCCUGCAAAAGGAUCGCCCAACGACUUUCUAAAGAAAGUCAUCGGAAAGAACGUCAUCGUUCGUCUCAAUUCAGGGGUCGACUACUACGGCGUAUUGAGCUGCUUGGAUGGUUUCAUGAACAUCGCACUGGAGGACACACACGAAGUCGUGGCGGGCGUGUCAAGGAACCGGUACGGCGAUGCCUUCAUCAGAGGAAACAAUGUAUUGUACAUUACUGCGAGGGAUUAGGAAGCAUCGAAAGGGUGUUUUUGGACAGCGCUUUCUAGUUCGACUGAAGGCGCAUCGUUGCCAGAUCUAUCUUCACAUGUGUCCACAUUGGACCACUGGUCCAAGCAUAGCAAUCAAUGACCUGCCUCCCACCUCUUUUGAGCUUCGAAUAAGCAUGUCAUCG